CCUGGUGAACAUAUUUUUGAAGAUAUCAAAACCUGUUUGACUCGUUUCACAGAUGUCAUGAAUUGCCACAAUCUGGAUUUGGAUGCCAAUUUCUUACAUUUGCUUCCUCCCCAACUGACAACCAACACUCAUGUCUUGUUUGAAGGCUAUCUCAGCAAGUUCCGUUGUGUCUUCCAAAUGGAUCCAACAUGGCUUCAAUUCUCUGCUGCUUUCCAAGCUCGUUAUGGUCUUAAUGCCCAAGAGGAACGUAACAACUGCGCCAGAGAGUUGAACAACAUCAGUAUCCUUCGAGGUGAAACACUGGAGUCCUUUAUUGAUCGAUUCAAUAGUCUUCGUCGUUGUGUUGUCGAUCAGGUCCUCCCAAAGUUCGUUCUGGCUGAAAAAAAUCUUUUUGCGUUACGUGACAAUCUUAUGAAUCAAGUUUCCAUUGCCACUGCCACUUUGCCAAUUUACAAGCAAAACGAUGUAGAUGUUCUCACUGGUCUUGUUCGUGGGUUACUCAACCGCCUG